UGCACCGAAUCAAUGAAACUUAUGAAAGCGGCGCUUUGAAGUUGUUGCUCUGCCGCAAAGAUAAAAGCGUCUCGGAUGAAGAAUGUGAGAAGAUUGACAGAUCAGACCUCACGCGACAUCAGUCCGCCUGGUCUCAAGUCUUUAUGAACGGAGCAACACUCUCUGUAGGAGGCAACAGGCGACAGCAAUGCUUUACAUCGCAACCACAGGAUCGAGUUAUUUAUCUGGGAAUUAAUUUUUAAUGUCAAAGUUUUAUUUCAGCAGAAGUGAAGGCCCGUAUUGUGAAUGACUGAAGUCAUGGCUUACUGGAUCCAGCUUCAUUGGAGAUUCUGGUUAUUGGUUCCACUGGCUCUGGAUCAUCUUGCUCUUGCUGAAGAUCUGAAGCCCACCAGAUGGCCUCUUUACCCUCAGAAGCCUGUGGUUCUGGUCUGGAACGCCCCAACAGAAGACUGCAGGCCUCGGCACAACGUCCACCUCCAGCUCGAUCAGUUUCAGAUCGUGGCCUCUCCGAAUGAAGGCUUCACCAAGCAGAACCUCACCAUGUUCUACAAAGACCGCCUGGGCCUGUAUCCACACUUUCAGGAUGGAGUGGCUGUCAACGGUGGACUACCGCAGAUCGCCAGCCUCACGCACCACCAAGAGAAGAUGCCGGAGGGGAUCGCGAAGUACAUUCGCGACCCGUCUGCGCGAGGCCUGGCCGUGAUCGACUGGGAGGAAUGGCGUCCGAUUUGGAUACGGAAUUGGGAAGCCAAAAUAAUUUACAAGAGCCAGUCACAGCUCUUAGUGGCCCAGAAAAACCCAGGCCGGACUCAAACCCAGAUAAACAAAGUAGCCCAGCAGGAGUUUGAGAUGUCCAGCCGUAAAUUCAUGCUGGAGACGUUACGGCUGGCCAAAAGCUUGCGUCCAAACCAGCUUUGGGGCUUCUACCUCUUUCCUGACUGCUAUAACCACGACUAUCUUCGCAGUCUGGAGAACUACACGGGACGCUGCCCGGAUGUGGAGGUGGCCAGGAACGACCAGCUGAAGUGGCUGUGGACUGAAAGCACGGCUCUGUUUCCAUCCAUAUACAUGAAGUCCGUGUUGCGUUCGACAUCCUCCGCUCGCCAGUUUGUCCGAAACCGGGUGAAGGAGGGAAUGAGAUUGGCAUCGGUGGGAGAGGGAUUGGCACGUCCUGUUUUUGUCUACAGCCGCCCUACAUAUGACGAUGAGCUGGAACUGCUGACAGAGGUGGGUUUGUAG